UUUGUACAUCAUGUUCUUUCCGCGAAACAACGGUAAGAUACAAGGUACCCACGCCUGUAGUAACCACACACUGGCCGCCCAAUUGCCACCCCUAGGCCCGACGUGCGGGCUCGAAAAUUAACCCGAUCCAACUUGACUCAACCCAAUAUGAUCCGCCCCGAGCUUAACUUGACCCGAUGAAUUGUUGACCCAAAACCCAAACUGACUCGUCCCGAACCUGGGUAGUUUGCCAGGUUUACAAGUAUGGUUAAAAAAAAAAAAACCGAUGAACGUUGACCAAAUGUCUUCCUCCUCUCUCUCAAUUUCUCAUUGAAGCGCACUCCACGUUCUCCAUUGAUAUCUCUAUCCUCCAUUAAAGCAGCUUCUGAGAACCUUUCUAGGAUUGAACUAGGAAAUUGGACCUCUUAGCCUUGGCUGUGAGAAUACUAAGAGAAACAUUUGUGUAAGACCGCCUUACUAGACCACUUUUAUUUUAGUCUUGGCGCAUUAUGGAUGCAAACAGAGAUUCAGGGGGUAGAAUUUUCCGGAACAGAGAGCGGCCAUCAUAUGCUCCAUACCAAAAGGAUCGUAGAGGUUUUAGGCAAAGUUAUCUAUGUAAGAACUGUAAGCGGCCUGGGCAUUUUGCUAAAGAAUGUCCAAAUGAUUCUGUGUGCAACAACUGUGGGCAACCUGGGCACAUGGCUGCUGAAUGUAACUCAAAAACAAUGUGUUGGAACUGCAAAGAACCAGGUCAUCUAUCUGCUGAAUGCAAGAAUCAACCUAUUUGCCACUCCUGUGGGAAGAUGGGUCAUCUGGCCCGAGAGUGUCCUAAAUCAAGCGAUCCAAGAGUUUGCAGCAAUUGUUUCCAGCCAGGCCAUUUGACAGCAGACUGUAUGAAUGAAAAAGCAUGCAACAAGUGCCGAAAACCUGGCCACCUUGCUCGUGAUUGUCUCAAUGAGCCUAUUUGCAACUCCUGCAAUUUGACUGGACAUAUGGCCCGCUAUUGUCCUAAUCUAACUUUCCCGCCACCAUAUCCACCACCAUUGAUGUUUAGGGGCCCUCCACCCAUGCUUGGUGGCCCACCACCUAUUCCUCCGCCCAUUGCUGGGGGUCAAUUGUAUGAUAUCUUCUGUCAAAAUUGUGGACGUCCAGGACACAUAAGUCAUCAAUGCAUAUACAUGAUUAUGUGUGGUGCCUGUGGUGGCCGUGGUCAUCGAUCAUUUGAAUGCCCAUCAGGUCCAAUGCUUGAUAUGAAUCAUAUGAUCUAUCGGCGAUUUUGACAAUUUACUGAUAUAUGAAAAGUUCAUUUAUAGAUUUACAAAUUUUUGCUGAAUACAUCGUAGUAUACUUAUUGAACUUGGUCUUUUGAAAGAAAUUGUAUGUUCUAUCAUCACCCCUAAUUCUCUGAUCGUUCAGGUAUGAUGAUUUUACAUAUUGGCCCUUUUGGAUUGGUUUGGUUUGUUUUUCCUUUUUUCGGUUGGGAACAAACCAUCAUUAAAAUAAGGGAGCAAAAAAUUAGUUUCAAGU